UAAGUGCAACGAACGACGCCAGCGGAGGUGGUUGUGUUGCACGUGUUUUUGAUUUCUACUUUAAUGCAGUUAUUAUGAAUAAAAACUUUAACUUAGCUUGCAAAAGUGUCCGGUUUCCAUUAACAUUUUGACUUUGUUGUGACAACCUUAUAUGUUUUGACGCAGUCGUCUUCAGCACCGACUAAGCACAGAUGUCAGUAUCAGUUUUAUGAUAUUGGUAGAGAACCUGUGAGCCAUGGAGAUGUCACAUCAGGCUGGGGCGGAGGCCGAGAGCCUUCUGAGACAGGAGAGGGGUGCCGUCGUCAUGCCAGGGCAGAGACAAGGCCGUUGGGAUGGUGCGGACGAGAAGGCCCCGUUCCUCCGCAACGAGCCGGUGAAGCUAACGCCCGCAUGGGAGGGUAACAACCUACCAAAUGACACCCUCAACUUGAAAGGUAUAGCAAUGGACACAUCGGAACCAAAGGACAAAUGGCACCUAAUAUUUUUGACGUUCCUGUUACACGGACUCGGAACGCUCACUGCUUGGAACAUGUUCAUAACAGCCAAGGACUACUUCGUGAAGUACAAAUUGGUGAAUGCUCCGACGUAUUCGGAACAUUACUUGGCGUAUGUGGGAUGGGCUAGCCAGAUCCCUAAUCUGGUGUUCAGUUGGCUCAACAUUUUUGUUAAGCCCAAGGGCAACUUAACAAACCGCAUAGUGAUGUCGCUAAUAGUAGAAGUGGUUAUAUUCGUGUUCAACGUUAUACUAGCUAUGAUGGACAGCUCUGAUUGGCCGGCGGCAUUCUUCUGGCUCACCAUGUUAUCUGUGUUCCUCUUAAACGGUUUCAACGCAAUCUUCCAAAACUCAGUAUACGGCGUGGCCGCCCGCCUUCCUGCGAAGUACACAGGCGCAGUAGUAAUGGGCAGCAACUUGUGUGGUCUCCUCAUCGUGUUCCUGAACUGGUGUUCCGUCAUGUUCGACAACCCUCGCACCGCAGCUAUUUACUACUUCAUCGGCGGCAUGUUUGUCAUGCUUAUUUGCAUCGACUCGUACUUCGCGCUGCCGUUAAACAAAUUCUACCGAUACCACGAGACGUUACAAGAGCAACACAAAAAUGCUGAGGCCGAUAAACCCCACGGCCUGAGGGUUUCCCGCGCCAAAAUAUUUGCACAAGCGUCCUUGCAGCUGUAUAAUGUUUUCAUCACUUUCGUCGUCACUUUAGCCGUGUUCCCUUCUGUAAUUUCAGAUAUUGAGCCGAACACGGAAGGCUUCUUGGGCGAGAAUUUCGUCCGUAUCACAUGUUUCCUGACUUUCAACGUUACAGCCCUGUUGGGCAAUGUCACUGCUAGUCUUAAGCAAAUUCCCGGUCCCAAAUGGCUGGUGAUAUUCACAACAAUCCGACUGGUAUUCAUCCCGUUCUUCCUGCUGUGCAAAUACAAGAGUGCUACCCGAACGUUGCCAAUACUCAUCUCAAAUGACUAUGUGUUCUGGAUCGCUUCUGCUUUAAUGGGCUGGACUUCUGGACAUGGCAGCUCUUUAGCUAUGAUGUAUAUUGGAGGCACGGUGCCGCCUGAACAACAAGGCACGGCUGGCAUGAUGGGCGGCGCGAUGCUAGUGACCGGCAUCAUCACCGGCAUCACAUUCACAAGGCUGUGCCCCAUCAUCGUCACCGCAGACAUCUGGCGCAGCUUGUAGCGAGCGCUGCAGCACCUCGCCGCUGCCUGGGACGUGCUUACAACACGUCUCGGGCACUGAGCGACGACGUACGUCACUAGACAUCCUUGAACCAGACAAAUAUGUCACAGGAUGUCAGGACAGGGACAAAGAAUUCUUCAGAAGUGACACCCCUGCUAGAAAAAUAUGUCCAUGGAUGUUCAGACAGGGACAAUUCUGAAGUCUUCAGUGAACAAAGUGUAGUCUGUCUGACAGUGUUGUGUAUAGUAUGUGCUCACUAGUGUUGGCGAAAGUGUCACCUUCAAGUGAUUAUCAGGAGAUUAUAUCAAGGAAUAUAAGAGAGUGACAAAGUAAGUCCAGUGCGAGUUAUAUGAAUAAGGUGCCUGGGAUAACAGUGAUAUAAAGAUUGUGACAUUUGACAAAAUGUGUUCGAUACCUAUAUAUAUAUUUUAUGCAAGUUAUAACAUUUUUAUGUUGUGUAGUUUGUUGAUUGAGUAAAUAAGGAGACAUGAGAUACAGUUUGCCAAAAACUAAUAUUUAUAUCAGUUCAUCAGUUUGUGCCUUUUAUUUAGUUGUUUGCAGCCAAAGCAACGAUUGUUACUACACCUUGCCACUAUUUGGGGUUGCUAUGACGCUAAAUGUAUGUUGUUAUUAAGAUAUAAUGCAUUUACUAGUAAUUCCAUCAGUAUAAGUAAACAUAAGUUGAAACCAAAUAUUUAACUUGUCUCACUACUCUGACCUGAAUUUCUUAACUCAGUUUACUUUUUUAAAUAUAUACAUACAAUUAUGAAUUGCAAGUUCAUUUGGUGCUUGAUAAGUAUAAUAAAAUACUGUUUGGUUUUAUAGUAUUACAGCUAACUAACCAGAGGUUAAUGUAUAGGGGCUAAUAUGGUAUUAAAUAAUAAUAUAAUCUUUAUAAAUAUAAAGUAAGCUAUUGGUACCUCUUCUGCUUUGAGGCUAUUCUUGUUACAAUGCAAAGUACUCCGCCUUAGAAUAUGCUGCCUAGAAAUUCACAACCAAUGCAAAAUUACUUUGGGAACUGGAAUACUUGAAAAUCAGAAUUAUGUAAAGUUUUACAGAAGUUACAUGAAACUUUUUAUUGUAACAUUGAAGAUACUAUACAAUUAAAUUAAAAUAUUAUGAUGGAUCGUGACUAAAUUAGGUAAAAAUAUUGACUACAAAAUACCCCUCUAAUAUAUUCUCUCUUCUUCCUUACUUGUAUAUGUAUGUAUAUAAAAUAGAUAAAAGUCGAUAUUAAAAUUUAUAUAUGUAAAGUUAAAGUUUUUAAGAGCAUAAAAAUAUUUAAUAGAUAGUAAGUACAAAAAGGAUGAAUGGCGUUAUUGUAUUGUUUGGCAUUGAUAUUCAUAUUUUAUGAUUUGACUUUAUAAUGUAGUUUCUGAUAUAAAAUUGGUGAUUUUAUGGUAUUGCUUUAUUUUAAGCCAUAUCUAGACUUUGCGAGUCGUCGCCGCGAACGAAGGCUCGACAUUUGUGCGCCGUUCGUGGUGCAUGCCUCUGUAAAGCCUGGAUCCACCUUCAUCUAUAAGGCUCUAUGCUAUGAUCAUGUUUCUCAAUGCUUUAGCUUUUCUAGCAUAAUCAAAAACACAUGCAACAUUUUCGUUUUCAAUUCAUUAAAAAAUCAGGCGUCAGUCUAUCUCACUUCCUAUAGACAAGAUUUAUAAGAAAACUUACCUUUUAUAGACCCGUGGUCUCAUUUAAUUGAAACUUAUGUUCAUUUUUACAUGACUAAUCCAAAGUGUUUAUAAUUAGUAAUUUAUACUGACAUAAAUUGAUUUUGUCUUAGCACAAAAUUUUUAAGAAUCUGUGAAUGACUUUUUUUAAAUCAAAGAGUGUUAACGUGUGUUUAAAGAUCAAAUAUUAUAAAUAAAUAUAAUUUAAACUAAUAAUUUAAACUAGUAGAUUAAUUAUUUGUUCCUUAGCUUGAUUCAGCAAAAUGUUAUUGACACAUUUAAUAUUGUAGUAAAAUUCUAACAUUAUAAUUAUGUAUGUUUUACAGACUGAAACACUAACAAUCAUUGAGUAAUAUAUAUAGGCAAUUUUAAUUUCAAUGUUGCUGAUGAUAGAUGAUAAUGCGUUAUUUAAAUAAUUUCAUUAAUAAUUGACAAUCUAAGUGAGUUUGGGGUACGUGAAAUGGUUAUUUGUACUGCGUAAAAUCAUGCCCAUAUUUUACGCGAUACAUUUAAAUGACAGAGCUGUAACAAUUAGUUUUAAUUAAGUCUCGAUUUUUUUACAUUCUGUGUUCAGCUCAUGCCAAAUUUUAGAACAAUAUCUACCUGGUUUUAUGUUUUCAAUCCCUAGCAUGAACAUUGUUAGUCCUAUUUAUUUGAAAGUAAAAUGUUAUUUUUUACA